AUGGGGACAGUAUUGUCAUUCAGUCCACGAGAUCGUCGGGGAUCUGUUUACCCGCCAACGGGGCAUCCUGCUGACUUCACGUUAAACAACUUUAAUUACGAGCAGCUAAACAAUGCGAAGAAUCGCGAGAACAAAAGCAGCGUUGCCACAGUGGCGCCGGCGCCACCCACGAAUCAUCCACCGACCAACAACAACUCGUUACAGAACAAUAACAUUAAUCUGAAUAACAAUGACAACGCGAGGAUUAUUUCGGAGAAGAACGCCCUAGAGAAAAAUUUGAAGAAGCAUUCGCUGUUCAUAAAUGCUUUGUCGUGGAAACGGUUCAGUACGACCAAUAAUAACAAGAAAAAGCUCGACAACAAGAACAAGAAUCUCGCCUUCAGGCAACCGCUCGAUAAUAUACCUAUCGUUGAUAAAAAUAAAAAUAUACAGACGCCGCAGACAAAACCACCGGCGUCCAACAACAAUCACACCACGCACAAUCCGACGUGUGAGAAAUUGGUGCAGAAACCCUUGCCACCUGGACCAAGGAAAACUGUUAUCCAGGCCUCCACCUCGGAAUUGCUCAAGUGCCUCGGCGUCUUCCUGCACAAGAAAUGCACCCGUUUAAGGGACUUCCAGGCCGGCGACGCUGUCAUGUGGCUCAGGACUGUCGACAGAAAUCUCCUGCUUCAAGGCUGGCAGGAUGUGCCCUUCAUAAACCCUGCCAACGUAGUGUUCGUGUAUAUGCUAGUGAAAGAGCUUGUCGAUGGAGAUGAGGCAUCCGAGAAGGAGCUCCAAGCAACGGUACUGACGUGUCUUUACCUGAGCUACAGUUACAUGGGUAACGAAAUUAGUUACCCGCUGAAACCGUUCCUCGUCGAGGACAGCAAGGACAAGUUCUGGGACCGAUGUCUCCUGAUCGUCAACCGACUUAGCUCCGAGAUGCUGCGAAUCAACAGCGAGCCCGGUUUCUUCACAGAGAUUUUCAGCGAGCUGAAGGCCUGCGGUUCCAGCGAACGCGGAAGUCUGUCUGGCAGUGGCCUCGAACGGAGCCUCGUCGUCUCCGGAGUCGCGGUACCCACCAAGGCAGCUUGACGGAGCUACACACACCUGCUGGU